CUGUGCCGUGUACGCAACGCAACAACUUUAAGAAACUAUUUUAUGUAUUGUUGUAUUUUACAUGUGUUUUUAAUUAAUAUUACCGUAAGCAGUUACAUUUUUUAAGUGAAAUUACGUCCAGAAGAGUUUUUAAACUAAUCAUUCAUCAUGGCGAAAAUGGCAUUUCAGCACCAGGCCGGAACGGCUAUGGAAUGCCUGAGUAUACCAAUAACAUUACAAAAAGAAGCUGGCGUAGAUGCCGAAGGGCGAGAAGUUAUGAAAUGUGGCUUUAAAAUCGGUGGUGGGAUUGAUCAAGAUUUUCGCAAAAGUCCUCAGGGAUACACUGAUAACGGCAUAUAUGUAACUGAAGUUCAUGAAGGAAGUCCAGCAGCUAAAUCAGGAUUAAGAAUGCAUGAUAAAAUAUUACAAUGCAAUGGCUAUGACUUCACUAUGGUAACACAUAAAAAAGCUGUUAGUUAUAUAAAGAAACAUCCUGUUCUAAAUUUAUUAGUGGCAAGAAAAGGUGUUACAUCAACAUAAUCUGUGACAUUUGAAAAUAUAAGGAGUAAUUACUAUUAUUCUUCAGGAUAUUUGGUUAAUGGUGACAACAAGAAUGCACUGUGAAAAGCAAACUGAUGUUAUUAUUGUAUAUUCAGUACCACUGUGAAUUGUUAUAUAAAAAACAGUGGGUUCAGCAAAUUUAUUUGAAUAAUAUUUAAUAAUUACUUUUUAUAUUAUAAAUUUUAUAGAGCACAUGACAUUGUGAGCUAUUCAUAGUGGAUCCUGCAUCAAUUAAACUUAAGUAUUAUAUAAAGAAGUGAUUUUAUACAGUUAUUUAUUUUUAAAUCGAAUUAUUAUAUACUUUGUAUACACAAAUAUGAAGUAAUUAAGGAAUUUCAUGAAUAUGCUAACACAAUCAAACACUAACCAGUGUAUGUACUGUGAAAAGUACAAAUAAUUAUGCUGGAAAAUGGUAUAAUUUACAAAUGAGUUACCAUUAACAUUUAAUAAUUCACUCCAAAGUACUAUGUUGACAUAGACAAAAUUGUUUCCACCUUUUUCAUAUUAUAGCAAAAUGAAUUAUUAUUUAGUUGAAACAUUAUUUUCACCUAAAUAUUUACUAUUGUUAAGUCUAAAAAUUUAAAUUUAUUAUAAGUUGUGUAUAAAUCAUUAUCUUGUUAAUGAGUUAUGGUGUGGUACAAUUGUUUACUAUAAUAGUAUACUUGAAAUUUUAUAUGAACAUUUUAUUGUGAAAUCUAUAUUUCAACAUUAAAUUUGUGCUGUGCCAAAUAUUAGUAUUAUAGCCAUUAAUUAUUACAUACAGAGUCCACUGUGAAGUAAAUGUUUAUCACAGUAUAUAAAUUAAUUUAAGAAAAUUGUGAAUGUGCACAUGAGUGUAUAUGUUAAAAACAAAUUCAUGUCUAAAGACUAUAAAUGUAUAAGUUUUUUUACUAUAAGUAUCUAUAUAAAAACCCAUAAACAAUUAAAUAUUUACUCAAGUUCAGUUAGUAUGUGAUGGAAAAGGGGAGACAAAGGAUUAGCUCUCCUUCAAAUGCUGUAGAAUAAACUUCAAAUAUGAAUUGAAUAUAUGCAUCCUUAUAUAUAUUUUAUUAUGUAUAAUUUAUAGAUAGGAAUUUAUAAAUUUAAAGCCAUAAACUUACAGUACUACCUCACAGUGUAAUAUUUACAAUUUUCUUUAUUUACUUAUGUAAGAUUGAUUGAUACACAUAAAUACUUUACCUUCAUAAAGGGUGAGAACAACAAUUAAAAUGUUAAGUGCUCCCAACCAAGCAAAGAAAAGAGGAGGCGAAAGUGUUUUUCAAUAUUCAUCAAUCUAUUCUUACGAGUUAGGAAACUAUGAGUACUCUUAACUUAACAUGACCUUUACUCGACACAUCACCUUUUUAAUCCUUGCCAAUAUAUUAUAAAAUUACUGUAAAUUUAAUUUGAUUUAGACAUUAUUGUUUAUUUAUAUUAUGGACUCUGCAUGUAUUUAAAUGUACACAUUCCAAAUCACUUUUAUUAUUGUGACGUCAU